CCCGCCCCCACUCGCAGAAACCUUCACCCAAGCACAGCGAGCCGGAGCGCCAGGUUUCCGAGAACGCCUUCCUGCGCCAGCUCCGGGUAAUCAUUUUCAAAUCAGGAUAUGUGUCAUCGAUUGCCUGAAAAACUGAUAUAACAGAUCGAAUAAUGUAGAUUGAAUGCGGAAGAGGAAAUCGAAGAUAUCCGCUUCAAAGUCAGAAGGACCAGGAGAAAGUUAUUUAAAAACUAGGAAGUGUAGCCACCUGGUAAGGAAGGUAGCAAAUUAGCUAGCGACACAGCUAGCUAUCCAAAAAGCUCACAGAAAACUUUUUUUUCGCUUGGUUGGUGGACUGCUAAAUAAAAAUCUUCCAGCUGGAGCUGCAACUUUAUUUACCCCUGUGUGCGAGGGGUUAGAAUGGAAACGCCCUUCUAUCAUGAUGAUGUAUUGAAUAACGUUACUGCUGGGGGAAUCACAAGCGCCUAUUCAUACGACAGGAUGAUGAAAAAGGAGAUGAGUUUGAAUCUCACUGACCCAAGUUCGAACCUGAAACCGCACCUGAGAGACGCCGAGGGGAUCCUCAACUCUCCGGACCUUGGAUUGCUGAAACUCGGCUCGCCGGAGCUGGAGAGGCUGAUAAUCCAGUCCAACGGCAUGGUAACAACCACGCCGACCUCGCAGUUCCUGUAUCCGAAGUCGGUGAGCGACGAGCAGGAGUUCGCCGAGGGUUUCGUCAAAGCGCUGGAGGACCUGCACAAGCAGAACCAGCUGAACGGCGGCGGUCUGGACCUCAGCACCAGCGCGGCUCCGGUCACCAUGCACCCGGACCUGCCCGUGUACACGAACCUGAACAACUACGGAAACAGCCCGCUGGGCACCACGGUGAACUUCUCCACGGACACCGUGCCCUUCCCGCCGCCUCCCGCGCAUCCCCUGAGCGUGCAGCAGCCGGCGCACGCCCGGCUGCAGGCCCUGAAGGACGAGCCGCAGACGGUCCCGGACAUGCAGAGCUUCGGGGACAGCCCGCCGCUGUCGCCCAUAGACAUGGACACGCAGGAGCGCAUAAAAGCGGAGAGGAAAAAGCUGCGCAACAGGAUAGCCGCGUCCAAGUGCCGAAAGCGCAAACUGGAGAGAAUAUCCCGGCUGGAGGACAAGGUUAAGACCCUGAAGACGCAGAACACCGAGCUGGCCUCCACCGCGAGUCUGCUGCGGGAGCAAGUGGCCCAACUCAAGCAGAAGGUCAUGAACCACGUAAACAAUGGGUGUCAGCUCCUGCCACAUCAAGUGCAAGCUUAUUAAGAGGAGAUCGGGUCGCGCCCCCCGGUCCGCCUGGGUCCGUAUCAGCGCUGAGACUGUUUAUUUACUGACUGUCAUAUCUGCCUUGUCUUUGUACCAAGGACUUCUAUUUCCACCACAGACAUUCAACGAAAGGACACUAUUGAGUGGCACACGUGUAGAUAUUAGCUGAAGACACGUUUACAAAUAUUUUCGAAAAACAUUGUAAAGCUAAAACAAGAUUAUUCUUUCUUAUUUCUCGAGAGAGAAAUAAUUCUCAGCUUUGCAUAUUAUUUGAUAACAGCCUUAUUGAAUUUGAAGAAUUCAUCCAAAAGGGAAAAGUAUUUGCAUGUUAUAGUGACAAACUCGAUGAAUACUCUCGACCAUCAAGGUGUCAUGGAGUGCAUGCCGUUUACAUGUACUAUGCCUUACAUGUUUACAAGCACUUAUAAACAGAAAAAAAAUUCUAUUUUAUACAGAACUUACAUGUACAGUGUCCUGUUUCAGUGUUUUUAAAAUUCGCAGUUUUUAAAUUUUGUUUU